AUAUCCCAGAAUUCCAAGCCGCCUCCCUAAGCUCCAUACCCGGCUGCACAGCGUGUUUUGUAGUAUAAUGCAACCCUCACAGGCUUCAUUGUUUUGUUUCAAAAUGAUCGACCUGUUUGGCUGAAUCUUUUUGCGGGUUUCACAAGAAAACGGUAACAUGAAAUGGAGAUCACUCGGACCAGACCGUCCUUGUAUGGAGAAAUCGCUCAUGGUCUUGGAUUCUGGACGGACCGGUCAGUGGUGCACGAAGCCGCCGCACAGGGCAGGGCCCUCCAGCUGCAGCGGCUGAUCGAGGCAGGCGCAGCAGUCAACAUCGUUGCGGUUGACUCGAUCACCCCUUUGCAUGAGGCGUGCAUACAGGGACAGACCCAAUGUGCCAGACUGCUGCUGGACGCUGGUGCUCAGGUGGAUGCUCGUAACAUUGAUGGCAGCACUCCGCUGUGUGAUGCCUGUGCAGCCGGUAGCCUGGAGUGUGUGAAGCUGCUGCUGGAGUAUGGAGCAACAGUUAAUCCUCCACUGUUUACGUUCUCUCCUCUUCAUGAGGCCUGCAUGGGAGGUAAUUCACAAUGUGUUCAGCUCAUGAUUGAUCAAGGAGCUUUCAUGGAGGCCCACGACUGCCACUACGGGACACCGCUUCAUGUAGCCUGUGCGAGGCAACAUUAUGACUGCGCCAAAGUUCUCCUCAGUUCAGGGGCAAAUGUGAAUGCUGCCAAGCUACAUGAGACGGCUCUUCAUCAUGCAGCCAAAACAAAGAACGUUGACUUGAUUGAGCUACUUGUGGAGUUUGGCGGGAACGUGUUCUCCAGAGAUAACCUGAACAGAAAACCUAUCAACUACACCAGUCUUGGAUCUCCCUCCUACCUCUGCCUCGAGUUUUAUGAGAAUACCCCCCUCAGUCUACAGCAGAUAAGCAGAGUGGCUUUAAGAGGAGCUCUCGGAAAAAGAGCGCGUGAAGUUGUGUGCAAGCUGGGUUUGCCCAAUCGUAUUAUAAGUUUUCUUUCUUAUAUGCCACCUCCGGUCAUUGAAAUCUAAUCAGCUGUGGGAAACUGAACAUGCAGCUCUUCGAAGGUUAAAUCUGAACCUGUUACGUCAACUGGCUCUCUGCUCUCUGCUGGUUCCCUCUCUGGAAAGUCACAUGACAGGAUGUGGAAGUUGGCUGGAGUUCAGCACAGAUGAAUUGUCUUAACAAUGCCAGACUUGUAGCCUGCACAGACAUGACACAUUUCAAAUGAGCAGUCUUUAUCCGGGAAAGUGAAAAGGGCUUACAUCUGGUUUUUCAUGUUUGUCUUGAGCUCUUGUUUGUAAGAAAAAAGCCUGCUCGUGAAGUUUAGGAGAGGUGAGACUCGACAAAACGGCCUGAGUGAAGCCCAAAAGAAUAAAACUACUAGUAAUUAAAUGUCUGGCAAUAUAGGCAUGUACAGACUCUCCACCAAGGACAGACUUUACAGCAGUUAGACCUUUAUCUUCGUUAUAUGAAGUCAGGUGACCUCAUAUAUCCUAGUUCAACCUGCAGCCUGAGCAGAGGUCAGAUCAGCCACUUCAACUGUGUGGGCGUAUAGAGCAUUAACGUUUAACUCUCAGAAGCUUUGGCAGCACCUUUGAGCACUUCACAUUACACGCUAAUAUACUCACAAGUCAUUUGUGUCAGUGUUGAGAAGUAAAAAUGUGAACUUGCUCUUCGUGACCAAGUAAAUUUCAUCAUAAAUGCAGUAAUACCUUGUUGAACCUAGAAGGAACAUAAAGUAGUUUGAUUAUAGGAUUAUACCACUGUAUGUAUUUGUAUAUUGUUACUUUUUAUUUUUCCUGUACAUUUGUAAAUAUUAUAGAUGGUUCUACCUUCCGUUAAAGUUGUGUAAAUAAAUGGAUCACUACCAGACUAUUUUAAAAAACAA